AUGCCUUUUAUUCCUGAAGAAGGCGGGACUACCGGUCCUAGAAGCACAGUCGGCAACACAGGUCCAACGAGCUCUCGCAAGCGAGUCAGACCGGACUCUGACUGCGAAGCUCCAAGAGCCAAGGUUGCGAAAACAAGUCAAGAGGAUGAAAAGCUAGCAGACCUGGAUUUGAGUAUCGCGAAUGCCACGGCUAUACUCGACGCUGCCAUGACGGAGAUCCGCGAAACCAAAGCGGAUAUCAAGCAACGCAAGAGACAUAUGAAGGGCCUUGUUGCCGAGUUCCAGGACGUCACGACCAUGAUCACAGAGCGCAGUACAGCUUACGCCGCCAGCCUCAGAGAGGAGAAACUCAAGAAAGAGAAUGCUAGCUUGCGAGAUCGUAUCAGGAGAUUGGAAGAGGUUUCGCCGGAUGAUGCCAAGAGGGACGUAGAUCAAGAAUCACGCCUGCGACGCCGUGCUAAAUCACAUGGUUCCAAGGCAUCCGUGGAUGAGCCUGAUGUUGAUGACAAGUCGAUUAAGCAAGGAGAAUGA